AUGCAUAGUGAUGAAAGUAGCGAGUCAGAUUUUGAUAAAUCCUCUGACACAGACAAAUACAUAAAGAAAAUAUUUACUGACAUUUCAAACCGUCUAAAGUGUACGUGCGAUUCAAACAGGACAGACCUUGCCACAAAAGCAGAUCUGGCGAAGUUGAAGAAAGAAAUGAUUGAAGAUAUAUCUCCUCUUAUGUUAGUUGAACCUAAACCGAAACCCAUUGACUGCGGAGAUAUUUACAAUGAAGGUCACAAUAAAACUGGCAUUUACACUAUUUACCCUACUUGCAAUAAGAUAGGCAUCUCAACUGUUAUACAAAGGAGGGUUUCUGAAAGCGACUUUUAUAAGACAUGGGACGAAUACGAGACUGGUUUUGGUAACCUCAGAGAUAACUUCUAUCUUGGGAACCGCUUCAUACAUGAGAUCACCAGCCAAGACAAAUAUCAGCUUCGAGUUGACCUAACCAGUUUUCAAGGAGAAUCGGCAUAUGCAGAGUACAGCCAGUUUUCUAUUGGUGAUUCUGAAUCCAGUUACAAGCUUCAUGUUGGUGGAUAUUCUGGUACUGCAGGUGACGCUCUUGAGUAUCAUAAUGGAAUGAAAUUUUCUACAAAAGACAGAGACAACGACCCCGAGAGUUCUCAUCAUUGUGCAGAUAAAUAUCACGGUGCAUGGUGGUACAAGAGUUGUCAUUUUUCAAACCUAAACGGACAGUAUGGUUCUAAAGAAUUCGGAAAGGGUACAAACUGGAAACAGUGGAAAGGACAUCACACUUCGAUGGAAACCAUAGAAAUGAAAAUUCGUAAAAAUUUGUAAAGUAUAAUAAGUACAUGAGUGCAGUGUUCAUAAUACAUCAAAUAAAAUAAUAAAAUUUCGUUCGGAGUACUAAAAGAUUGUGUUUGCGUAUUAUAUGAUUAGAAUCUACGUUUUAUAUAGCAUUCCAAUUCCAUUUCUUUAAAUUUAAUACUUUUUCUACUUGUUUUCAAACCCUGUGAAAAAAAUUGUGUUAUUAUUAUAUUAUUUGUUUAUUUCACGCAUUAAACAGACUAUGAUAUAUAUCAUGAUUAUGAAAGGAAUGUAGAAUUUUGACACUGUUAACAGUAACCAAAUUAUCUUAAUGUAUUUAUUUCUUUUUUAAUAUUGUACAGAAAUGUGUAUUUGAUGUCUUUAAUACACUUUAAUAACAUUGAAUUCAUGGGUUAGCGUC